ACCAUCUAAAUCCACCUAAAACUUGUGGGCGUUACUCCCGCCAAAAUGUCCAGCUGUUCCUCGUCAUAAGUUUUCUCCCGAAACGACAAGGCUCUUCAACUCAGUCUACCCUGCCUACAAAAUAUGUAACUUCCUUCAGUAUACGGUCGCCUUCACUCGAUGACUAUGGCAGCUGCCUUCAACGCCUUUAAGUCCUCAAAUCUCGUCUCGUGGAAACAAACGGGCAGGCUCCAGCAAACCCUUGCUGGAUGCAUAGAGCGGGCCGGUAAGACUCUGCAUUCUGGCGAGGUUUCCACGAUUAAAAUUUGGCCGGACCUUGCAGGCCAAGGGAGGUACUUCGAUUUCCGAUCCAAUUCGAUUCUUGCGUCCAUCGAUUUUGCCGAAGAGUCACCUCUCUGCACCACGCUUUGUAAGAAUGGGUUCAGAAUUCGAACCAUUGAGCACUUACUGUCAGCCUUGGAGGCCACCGGGGUUGACAAUUGCAGGAUUGAGAUACAGAAUUCGGACCCUGAAGAUGGCAACGUGGAGGUUCCCAUUUUUGAUGGCUCAGCAAACGAAUGGGUAAAGGCAAUUAAAGAGGUUGGGUUAAAGGUGGCGACAGAUCACUUUGGCAACAGUCGUGAAAAAAUGGCCCCUUAUGUGAUUGAACCAGUGCAUGUGUGGAGGAAUGAUUCCUUUAUAGCUGCAUUCCCUUCAGAAAAGGUUCACAUAACUUAUGGGAUCAACUUUUCUGAGGUGCAUGGCAUUGGCUGCCAGUGGUUUUCUUCAACCUCACUGGAUGAAUAUUUCUAUAGUGAGCAGAUAGCUUCAUCAAGAACCUUCUGCAUUUAUGAGGAGGUGGAGCAAAUGCGCAAUGCUGGACUCAUAAAAGGCGGCUCCCUAGAAAAUGCCAUUGUCUGUAGUUUCGACAAAGGUUGGUUGAACCCCCCGCUGCGUUUCCCUGACGAACCUUGUCGGCAUAAGGUAUUAGAUCUUAUCGGUGACCUCUCCCUUUUUGCACAGUUUGGCAGUCAAGGGCUUCCAAUGGCACACAUAGUGGCUUACAAGGGUGGCCAUGCACUCCACGCUGAUUUCGUACGCCGGUUAUAUGGAAAGAUCUAGUAUUUGGGAAAACUUUUUCCAAACAUGUUUCUAGGUUUUAAAACGUCAGAAUACUACGAGAGCAUGUCAAAAUAACAAGAGCAUGUGAAAAUACCCAGAGGCUUUUGAAAAAACUGUUGUGCUCUGUGCUGCAAUUUUCAUUAAAGAAGGCAGUCAGCCAACGCCUUACAAGGAAAGAAGAGAUUACAAGAUCUCCUAAUGUCUGUUGUGUAAUUCCCUAAAAAUUAGGAUCUAUACAUGGGUAAGAAUAUUAUAUAGCUAGGUUAGCGUGUACAACUAUUAUAAACAGAUAAAUAAUGCUACAUGUGACAGCUAGGCCUAAACACAGCCUUAAUUGUGUUAAAAUCCCUCCUGGUAAGUCAACCAUCAACAAUUUACCAAUAAGAAAUUGAUGCUUAGUGUUAUCAGCAUGAAGAGGGGUAGAAUGAGUCAUAGCUUUGGUGAAGACAUCAGCCACCUGGAAAUUAAUGGAAAUGUAAGAAAGAGAGAUCACCUGACGGUUCAAGACAUAUCGGAUAAAA